AUGUAUCCCAGGUUCCACCCGGCCCAGAUUCUCCGCACCACAGGGGACCACGAGCUCGGGUACACCCUCUACGGUUUCGUUGCCGAGUUCGCCGUUCUAGGUGGAGCUUAUCUCGACACAGCGCGGCAGCUCAUCAGUCUCGUCAACAAACAUGCUCCUCUCUACCGUGCAAACACGCCUGUGUUCAAGCCUCUCUGGUUAGUUUGGGAUCUGACGGGGACCUGGCCUGAAGGCGAGGAGGCGCUUGUCCACUUGGAACAGGAACAGGAACAGGAACAGUCGUCUGCGGAUCCCGGUGAUCAGAAAGGCAAAGGCCGCAAGCGGAAACGGGACGCAGUGGCUGAACUGGCGGAGCAGUAUGAGAUGAGCUGUUGGGAGAUUGCAGGGUUUGAGAAGAAGGGGGAGCAGGUGUAUGACGAGACGGGGCUGAGAGGUUGCGUUGAGAAAUUGAGGGGCUUCGCGGGGGAGGGGAGUGAGUGGGUGGCUGACGCGACGACCGGGGGGAUGGCUAUGAGCAAGAGCUCGAUCUUGGUGAAGGCGUUGGAGAUUGCUGUCGUGUUGAGAGGACAGGGACAGGGACAGGGAGAUUCCCAUGCUGGAGAGGGCUUGCCGGCGGUUGACGAGAUUCUGGGUUGGAUCGCGGAACGGCUGCAUGCUAAUCAGAUGAUCGUCUAUCUGACGCGGUCAGCGAAGGCGUGGGAGGUGUUGAAGGGUGAGCUUGGAGGCAGAGUCCUGGAGACGUUCAGAACGCGGUACGAGAAAGGGGUUCAGAGGAGCGGCAUGUGGGAUAAGUCUGUGGGCGAGCUGGUGCAAAUCAUCUCACACAACACUGCGAACAAUGAGGCUGCUAAAAGCUACCGAGACGAGAUGUAUGGAGCGGAGCAAGAAGAGGAAAAAAGUGGCGGGGAGGCAGAUGGAGGUAAGCAUCUCACAACCAUCCUCAAAGACCCUCUUUCUCGUAACGACAUAGCCGCCUUGGAGAAACGCCUCGACAUCUCCCUUCCAGACGACUACAAAGACUUCUUCGCAGCUACCAACGGCAUGGGCGCCUCUUGGGGCGGCAUCAUUGCAGAUCCACCGCUCUUCGCAGGCUCCGAAGUCCGGUGGAUUACUGAAGAAGAAGAAUACUUCACUGAUCUCGCAGCCGAUAUCCUUCCCGACGUCUUUCAUUUGAUCCGGGACAUCUACGAUGAUGGGGAGUGGCCGACGGUGGGGAUGCCACUGGAGAUCGGUAGCCAAGACAUCGACGAGGUGUGGCUUCUGCCGCCGCCCAAGGUGAAGGAACUUGUGGCGAUUCAUCUCGACCAAAGAGAGCGAGGCUCGGAGAUCAAAAUUUUGAUUGAAAAUGCCGUAACAGCAUGGGCGGGCUCACUCGGAGAAUUUGAGAAUUUGGAAUGGUGCGUGAUGACUUGGGCUAGUGGAGGAGCUGUUGAUAUGCAGACGUAUCCAAGCUUCAAAGCUUUCUUGGUGAAUAAGGCAGAAGCUUCAGCGGACGAUGAUAGGAGGGAAACUCCUGAGCAGGUAGUUUCAGCUGGUAUAAGGCAACCGAAGAGUUCUCUCUUCUCAAUGUCGUUCAAUCUUAGCUUUAGAGUAUUGUGGCAAAGAAUUCCUUUUGGUCACACGAGUGUAAAUUUGACCACAGGGGUAAUCUUUUCCGUCCAAUAUCAACAUUAUCUCCCCGUCCAUGAUGACGUGCACGUAGCUCUCGCCCACGAAACACAACUCUUUUUGCUGCGUGCCGGAGACUGGCCUGAGAAUUACGGGCACGGAGUAGCCCAGAAGUAUGCAGAUAUGAUCUCCAGCUUUCACUUGUAG